UUUUUUUUUUUCUUCUUCCUUACGUUAGUCUCUCUUUUUCUCGCUCUUCCCUCUUACAAUCGAUAAUGGACAAUAAAUCAACAGCUAGUCAGCGAAAGACUGCUUUCAAGAACAAGGAUACAUUCCAAAGUGAACAAGUGAGGAAUCGACGACAACAACACACAGUAGAACUCCGGAAACAAAAACGCGAAGCCAACUUGACAAAGCGUCGAAAUCUCAACUUUGAUCAAGGCAUGUCUGAAAGUGACGAUGAAGGUGUAGAUCAAUCUGAAAAGGAAUUCGAGCUACAGCAACAACUCCAAAGUUUGGUUGCAGCGAUUAAUAGCAAUAACGUUGAACUACAAUAUGAUGCCACUAUCAAAUUUCGUAAGCUUCUAUCAAAAGAACAAAACCCUCCUAUUCAACAAGUGAUCGAUGCUGGCAUGGUUCCCAAGUUUGUCGAAUUUCUAAGUUCUCGUCAUGGUUUACUUCAGUUUGAGGCUGCAUGGGCUUUAACAAAUGUUGCUUCUGGUACCUCUGAGCAAACUGAAACCGUGAUUGCUGCAGGUGCUUUACCCAUUUUUAUCAAGCUUUUAAGCAGUGAUGUCACAGAUGUCAAGGAACAAGCUGUAUGGGCACUUGGAAAUAUUGCUGGUGAUAGUCCAAAAUGUCGUGACCACGUAUUGGAACUCGGUGCUUUGGGGCCUCUAUUGACUAUCUUGGGUGAACAUCAUAAAAUCACAAUGACAAGAAAUGCAACAUGGACUCUUUCUAAUUUAUGUCGAGGAAAUACAACAGAAUUCCAAUGGCAAGCCAUUUCACCUGCUUUACCAGUCCUUGCUAAAUUGAUUUAUUCAUCUGAUGAAGAAAUAUUGAUUGAUUCAUGCUGGGCGUUAUCAUAUCUCUCCAACAGCAAUAACGCACAUAUUCAAGAAGUAGUGGAAUCUGGUGUAUGUAGACGUCUUGUUGAAUUAUUGAUGCAUCCUUCUUCAGCUGUACAAUCACCUGCUCUUCGAUCGGUGGGGAAUAUUGUGACUGGUGACGACAUGCAAACUCAAGUGAUCAUCAAUUGUGGUGUUCUUCCUGCCUUAUUAUCAUUACUUAGUGGAUCCAAGGAAACUUUACGCAAGGAAGCCUGUUGGACUAUAUCGAAUAUUACUGCUGGAAACGGCGCUCAGAUUCAAGCCGUGAUUGAUGCUAAUCUUAUUCCACUAUUAAUACACAAUCUUGCUGCUGGUGAUCCAAAAACGAAAAAGGAAGCUUGUUGGGCUAUUGUCAAUGCAACAUCAGGUGGACUCAAUAAUCCUGCACAAAUUCAAUACAUGGUGUCCCAGGGAUGUAUCAAACCUCUUUGUGAUAUACUGACAGCAUUGGACAAUCGUAUUACGUUGGUGGCUUUGGAUGGACUAGAAAAUAUUCUGAAGGUGGGCGCUUUGGAAAUGAGACGGGGUGAAUGUGACGACAAUAGAUAUGCAUUAUAUAUUGAAGAUUGCGGAGGGAUGGAUUCUAUUCAUCAACUACAAUUUAGUGAAAACGAACAAAUCUACAAAAAAGCAUACAAUAUCAUCAAUGUCUUCUUCAGUAAUGAUGAAGAUGAAGCAGGACUUAUGGCGGAUACUGAUCCUUCUCGUGCUGGUGGUUUCCAAUUCCAAUCUGAUGUCAAUGUUCCUCAAGGUGGAUUCCAAUUUGGUCAACCCUAGAUGAUCAUGAUAUCCUUUUUCCUUCUUUUAUUACUCUUUAUACAUCUCCCUUAGUUUUUAGUUUAUCUUUAUCAUUAGUGUACAUUUUUUUUUUUAUUUUGAAUCAGUCAAUUACACUCACACACACAUAUAUUCAUUUAUCUUAGUCACUCCACUUUUUAGUCUUGAAGACACAUAUCAUGAUUUCUACCUAUUUUCC